CAAUGAUAAAUAAUAGAAAUCUUAAUUUGGUCUUUCCAUUGCGCUUUGGAACUGAUUCGUUUUUUAAGUAUAUCCAUUAACGAGUGUAUUGAUAGAGGAGGAACUUCUAACAAAAGACAACAACUUUUGACUUGUACGUUCUACCGAGGCAACAAAGGGACGAGUUGUCUACUUUUGGAAUGGCGAAGAAUGGUGUGCGCGAUGACUGACUCGAUGAAGAUGGCCUGCUUUUUGUGACCUUUGAGCCAACACUCAAGGUGUAGUGGGAGGGCAGGAGGGAGGGACAAAAUUGACUUGGAAUUGAACAACUGAAACUAAAGUCAUCAAACAAAAUGUCCCUCCCACAGCCAGCCCCCCGCUCUCAGAUACCCAUGGCCCCCAAACCUGUCCCUAAACCCCGGCCCCCUAUCCCAAGCAAGCCCUCACCAAAUGGCUCCGAUUGCCCAACAGUGCCCAAGAAGUGCAGUGAAACGAGGAGCUCGGGGAAGGUAAAGAGGAUUGUAAGUAAGUUCACUGAGCAGGGGAACAUGGCCGGAGGAGGAGGCACAGAGGGGGCGAGGUUAAAGAGAGGGUUCAAAAGGUUCCCCACCAUUAAACCCAAACCCCAAGGAAGAUCUAAGAUGGGAGAGCAGCCCCCACCCUUGCCUUUGAAGAACAGAAAUCGCAGCAUGAAGAGGGUGGCAACGGAGCCCAGUGAGGUGGUGCCAGAGCAAGGAGAGAGCAUGACCGUCUCUGUCAGAGACGAGGGAAGGCGCUCAGCACCAGAUGGCAGAGAGGUGCUGGGGGAGGUGCAGAUGGAUGGUGGCGUAGAGUCAGAGGCAGAACAGGACUUGGACAUUACCUCUAGCCUCCAUUGUGAGAAGGACUGCAGUUGCCUGUGCCACCUUGAGCGGCCAGGAAUGAGGCUGGUGUGGGUUCCUGUUGAGGCUGAGGAUGAUGAGGUGGAUGGAACCAUGGAGGAGGGGGAAAUAAAUUCAGGACAAAGUGAAGGGGAGACAGAGAGUGGGACUGGGGAGGAGACUGAGGAGGAGGAGGAGGAGGAGGAGGAGGGAGAGGGAGAGGAAGAGGAAGAAGAAGAGAAAGGAGAAAGUGGGUCUUCAGGACUGGAGGAGGGGGAAGGCUCACAGCUGGGCAGGGCAAAGAAGGAAAAGUUUCAGAAAGUUUUAGGCAUCAUGGUGAGUGAGCAAGCAAGGAGGAGGUCAAUGGAGACUGAUGUGGUGCCCCAGGUUAUGUUGGCCUCCUACACUCCCCACUUCCCCCACACUCAAACUCCUAUUCUUCACAAUGCAACUGCGGAAGAGGAAGAGGACCCUAUAUACGAAGAUAGACUUCAUUUGCCCUUGGAAAUUGCAAACCCAGCAACAGAAAGUAAACUCGUUCCAGUUAUCUGCUUCACCAAACCCCCUCGCGGGGCAAGACUAUUGUGUCCUACAGACACCCGUGCUGAAUGCGUUACAGAGCUGGAACAACCCCUGUCUCGGGGAACAGAGGACAUGCUCCCAGCCAUCCCUGACCGGGCGCCCAAGAGUUCUCAACCUUCCAGUGUUCCACGGGGCAUCCCUCUGCCCCAGCCCUCCCCUGAGGAAUGGACUGCCUUGCACCGCUCGCCCCCCCUGCAGUGUACUGCUGACAGCAGUCUGCUGUGUAGCCCGCGCCUGCCUACGCGACUGCCCCUGCGGCCCCAAAGUCCCAUUCUUCCCCGCCGCCCCCCUCCGCCACCCCCAAAAACUGGCCAAGAAGUCAGACGCCUCAGCGACCAGUCUCUUCAAUCCACUCAACAACGUAGAGAUAUAGAAGAGGAUGGUGGGAGUGACAGUGAAAGAGAAGAGCAACACAGGGAUCCUAAAAAUCUAUUACGCGGACUGUCUGUGGACCUGAAAUCGCAACUCCUGGAUGAGCCCCUUUACCAGACGUACCGUGACACGGUCAUCCACAAGGAGAUCAAGCGGCAGACAGUAUGCCGAAACAUUAGCAAGGCCAGCGUGGACUUUCAAAUGGACUGGGGUGUUCGAAGGGGGACUGAUCCAGAAAGAAGAGGCACAGCCAGCUCCACCCAGAACACAUUGUGGCAACAACUUCCCUCCGUGAGGGAUAGUGGCAUCCUGGAGACACUCAGCCCUGUGCAGAGGCAGCACCAGGAGAGUAUGUUUGAAGUGCUGACCUCAGAGGCCUCGUACCUACGCUCUCUGCGCGUGCUGAUUGAUCACUUCAUGGAGUCUCGUGAUCUUGAGGACACGCUCAUCAUCCGCGAGAAGAAGAUCCUCUUCUCCAAUAUCGUGCGCGUGUGUGAGACCAGCGAGAGCUUUCUGACAGACCUGGAGGAACGGAUAGAAAAAAGCGUCCUGAUCACAGAUAUCUGUGACAUCAUCUACUACCACGCCCAGCAUAAGUUCCCGGUCUACAUUGACUAUGUUCGUAACCAGAUAUACCAGGAGAAGACCUACACCACCCUUAUGCAGAAGAAUGGACAGUUUUCAGCUGUGAUUGCCCGCUUGCAGGAGUCACCACAGUGUCAACGGCUACCUUUCAUGUCUUUCCUGUUGCUGCCUUUCCAGCGUAUCACCCGCAUCAAGAUGCUUAUUGAGAACAUCCUGAAACGGACACAAGAAGGGACAAAGGAAGAGGAGACUACCUCCAAAGCCCUGGCCGCUGUUUCAAAGAUCAUUGAAGAGUGCAAUUCAGAGGUUGGGAAGAUGAGACAGAUGGAAGAGCUGAUCCAUAUUGCCCAGACCCUGGAGUUUGACAAAAUGAAGGCCAUCCCCGUCGUCUCCAAGAACCGUUUCCUGGUAAAACGAGGGGAGGUUCAGGAGAUGGCCAAAGGAGCCACCCUAUUCCGUUCCAGAUUCACCCCAAUUUUCCUCUUCCUCUUCAAUGACCUCCUCAUCCUUACCAGCAAGAAGAGCUCAGAACGGUAUGUGGUGAUUGACCAUGCACACCGCUCACUGGUCCAGGUGAAGGACUUUGAUGAGGCUUCAGCAGGUCCAGGCUUUGACAACUGCUUCAGCUUGAUCCUGCUGGAGAACCACCAGAAUCGCCUCAGCGAGCGUCUUCUGAAAGUGCCAACCCAGUCAGACAAGGACAGAUGGAUGGCAGCCUUUCCUGACCCGGAUGAGCCAGAAGGAGAUAGGGAUGAGGCCGUGUAUGAGGAAGUGGACUGCCCACAGGUACAAUGUAUAGAGCAAUACAUUGCCCAGCAGGGGGAUGAACUCACCCUGGAGCCUACAGAAAUCGUAAACGUUAUUCGCAAGGGCAAUGAGGGUUGGUAUGAGGGCAUCAGGUUGUCCGAUGGCCAAAAGGGCUGGUUCCCUGUGGGAAAUGUUCUGGAGAUCACAAAUGAGCAUGUUCGAAGACGCAACCUUCGCGAAAGGUACCGAGUCAUCCACGCAGCAGGCAUGAUGUCCCAUGGAUUGAAGUCUAAGUCUAUGCCGGGAAAAUGAGGAGGGGCAGCAAUUGAGACACCCCCCACCUCCAAGCCAAAUAAUUCUUGGCUCAGGAGAGAAAAAUGCAGCCUGCUUGAAAAGACACUUGGACAUUAGUAUGUCGCAAAUGUGCACUCAUGUCCUGGAAAAGGGAAAUUAUUUGAUGAACACUGUUUUACAGUGGCGGAAUGCCAGCAUUCAGUGGAACCAGGACAUUGCACCAUGGGAAGAAACCAGUAAAAUGAUGACUAAAACCUGGUCAAAAUCCAACUUCAGUGGAGAUGGCCACUAUCAAACUUGGAUGUAUAUGGGAUGUUUGUGCUUGAUUCAUUGGUUACACAGAGCACUGAAGACAUAACACUCUUCUUGACCCUAAAGUAAAUAGUGUAAUUGAGAGUGGCGCAGUAGCACACAGCUAAAGCAAUGGAUCUUGAUGCAGGCAUCAGUUCGUUGCAGUUGCAUACCGAGGACCGGGGUUCCAUCAAAGACGAAAUCUGAAACUUAAAAAUUAAAUUAAAAAGUGUCAUUGAGCCAGCACUGCUGGUGCUUCUGCAGAACUGCCCUACUGUAUGUGAAACCCAUUCUUCACAUUUGUAUGACACAUUAAUUACACAUUACACCCGAAUUGACACAUUAACUGCAUAUGUGUUUGUUAGGGUGUAAUUGUAAACACUGCAACCUUGCCAAACAUAGUAAUUCCUGUUCAUUCAUACAUACCAACCAGGUGAACUAGACAAUAUUUCCUUGAAAUAGAAAAUUACAGACAUUAUAACAAGCAAAAUUAGCUUUUGUCAUUGGGAGUUACAACACUGAUAUUGCUGAAUAAAUGAAUAUCUGUGCUUUAGAAUCCUUUCUUCUGCUUACUUUAAAAUCCUACAAUUACUACACUUUUCUGAUCUCUGACCAUAGUUUCUGAGAAGGACCAUAGUUUGAGAACAGAGAAUCAACCAUCAUUCUAGAUGAUGUUCCGUUUUGUGAAAGCAACAUUAUCUAGUAUGAGAAUUUAUAUUGGCUGCAUGUGGCAAUUGAGUGGACCCAACCAGUUCUCCAACUACUCUCAUACCAAGUGUUGUGUAAAUAAUUUUUAAUAAUAUAUACUGUAAGUACUGUCUGUAUUUUAUAUGUAAUAUGUAAAAUACAGAAACCCUUGUGGAUUGGCAUACUGUACUGUUUUUUUAUUUUAUUAAACUUUUUUGUUUACCUCUA